AGCUUUUUUCCAGAACCCGAGCAGAGGAAAAUGUACAGGCAGUGCUUGAAUUAGUGUUUAGCCAAACAUCCACUGAACCGAUCCCCAGCAACACUGACAUUGUGGAAACUCUGAAAGAAGCAGCUACAACUCCAACUUCAGGGUUCAACCUCACUCUUGAUUCCACCACUAUAAAUGUCCUUAAAUCAGUGAAGAUAAUUCCGCUGACAAUCCUCACCAAUGGAACCUUUGUGGCUGCUCUUUCAAAUAAAAGUUCUACUGAAUUUCAGAACAGAGCUUCGAUGAUAAAAGCAGUGCUUGAACCUUUCUUCUUUGCUGAUUAUCCAACAUCAUUCAGCACCAUAUCCGUAACAAACUUCAGUGUUGCCAGUGUAAAAUUAAGGAGUGUGCCAACAAUCCGAAACUCCAUGGAUCUCACAUUCGGAGCGGACGCCGUUCUACCCAAUAGCACCCAGAUAGUGAACACUGUAGUCCGAGCAGCCAGAAACAACACGUUACCCUUCCAGAUCUUCACUUCUUCAAUCAUAAUAAAUGGAACCGAAUAUUCGUCAGGUGAAGUCAGCAGCAGGGUCAGUGUGUUGACCGCUUCAGUCCUGGUUGCUGUGUCGCUUCUGGUUCCAUGGUUUAACUGGGUGUAACCACUCAGGCCAAUAUAACUGAUUCAUACGGGUCUAAAUCUUCCUUGCCUUUCACGCCUGCUCAAAUGAAGGACUCGUACAUGUAAACAAAACUCUGACUGCAUCAGUUUUUAGAACUGAAUGUGUCUGUUUUUAGCUCUUGUUCUGUUUUCAGAACAGGUUAACACUAGUCAUACAAGCACUUUUAGUAAU